CGACAUAAGAACCCCUAUAGUACGGACUUAUCCCGUGAGGUCGUGUGGCAUCUAUAAUAUGCGGCUGUUUAUGUAUAACCCCUGGAAUUUCUUCUACCUCGGCAGGGCAUUUGAUGUCUUCUAUCACAUAUUACCAGUUAUUUUAUUAGGAAAGAUUUUUGUGUGGUCUGAUUCUAAACUUGAGACUUUACUUUCCCCUUAUGGUCGAUUGCUCCCUGACACUAUGUUGUUGCCUUCUCUCAUUUUCACUCUUUUCACGGGGAUAGUGGUGGCUCAGCCAAUCGACCUAAUCGACAGAAAUGCUAGGGGCGUUCCUCGCGAUCUUAAGCACAAGACCUGCGCUCCCGUACCCCUGAAUUGCACGCAACCGACCUUUCAUAUCCAAAUCGCCAAUGGCACCGCAGCAGGCAGCUAUGUCUACAUCCCGACAUCGCCCGAAUCGACAUAUGUCUACGCCCAGAGCAGCACCAACAAAACCCUCGCCACAACGUUCACAGUGGACCCGUCCGGUAUAUUGUUUUCCGCAACAUAUAACAAUCAGGUCUUCUUUUACCACCCGCAAGGGCUCGACGCCGGCCUGGUCGUCUUUCUCAGCCCAACCGAAAAGACUUCUCGAUAUCCAGUCUCGCAAUUGCAUGCACAGCUCGGAUGUGGACCCGAGUGCCCCAAGAGAGCAUCAGGGACGACGGGGACUUUGAGUUCCUCUGGAAAUCUUGGUAAUAUGAUUGAUUUCACUUUUGCAUAUUGUAAUGGAGCGCCGGAGGUGACAACGGUGGACGGGCAACACCCUUUCUGUUCAGAAAGUGGUGAUGUUUUUUACGUUGCGAAGUUUAACUCUAUUAUCAUUUAA